AUGAACUUCCCGCUCAAUCGCGCCAUCAACAAAGCAGUCCGUGAGGAGAUCCAGGCUGAGCUUAGCACGUUGAACUUAGUGAAAGGCACCGUUAUUUUUGCCAUAAGCUGUGUUGUAGACACGGGCAGGGUCACCAAGGACAAGAAGAAGGUCGGGUGUAACAGGAUCAGCGUCAUGUCCAACAGACUACCCCAUGAGGUCCAGUAUGUUUACAAGCUUCGAGUCGCAGACAUACCCAACCUUUUGAUUGAAGCCGACAACUGGAACUUCAGCGGGGGAUGGGUCGUGUCGGACGGCUGGAACGAGUUUGCUAACCGUGAAAUCAUCAAUCGUCGUCUUGGGACCGAGGGCCGCCUCACCAAAUGCACAUAUUCGGUGAAGGAUCUGGAAGUUGGUGGCCAAUCGGUCACAAUUGGCUUUGGUACAUGCCUUGACUCCAUGAAAGAGUCGUACCCUGGGACGAACAUCAUCGCGUUCUGCAGUGGAGGCACGAACGAGGCAAAGAUUCAGGACGCUUUCCAUCAGGUACCUUUGGAUACGUCGAGUCCACUAAUUGGCCAUGACGGAUAUCUCAUCAAUGAUACGGAUGGUUGGUCAGAUAUGAGUUCGGUUGCAGGGUUUAGAAAAUGGAGCACCACCGACGUGUCGAAUCCGAAGGCGAGGACAGCAGACGCCAUCCCAAGUUACACUGAGACCAUAGUCAACAAUCCCCGCAAUAAUAAGCCCCUGAAGCGGACUCUUGUCGUCACCCAGCUGUGCGUCCGGCAAUCCCUCAUCCCACUCUUUACUCCAUGA